UAAUUGUUAAACAAUUAUAAAUUGUUAAUAAAUCGAUUAAUUAAUUUAUUCUGAACAGAUUGUGAUAUAAAUUAUUAUGAACUUUUGUGAAUUUUGUCCAAAAUUAAUGGACAUGUCAAAGCUCUUGGAGCUGACAAAGGCAGCUAUUAAUUUGUUGAAUAAUGGACAAAUAACAUAUUGUGCUAUAAAUUGUUGCUGACUUUUGUGAAAUUUGACAAAAAUUAAUGGACAUGUCAAUGGCGUUGAAGCUGACAAAGGAAAAUCUUUAUCUGUCAAAUAAUGGACAAAUGAUACCAAAACGUGUGGCUGAAACGUCUAAUGUGUUAUUAAAAUUUAUAAUACACAAUUAUCAAAAAGAGAACAAAAAAAAAUGACUAAAUUGGUUUGUCAUUGAUGCCAAAACCAUUUUGGAGUAGAAUACCAAAAAGUAAGGCUUAAACGUUUAUAGUCUUGAUGCAAUUCAUCACACACAAUUAUUGAAAUUGACACAAAAAAAUUGGCUAAUUUGGUUUGUCAUGGAAGAGAAUAUCAUUUUGGAGGAAACUGCAUCACAUUUAUUCAUGGGAACAGCAUUAGUAUUGCUAAUUUAUAUCAAAUAAAAUAUACAAAGGCUCAAGUAAUAAAGAAAAGAGACCUACUGCAGUAUUUAAAACACUUGAGGAGACAACUGAGACUGUUUAUAAGUUAAAAUACAACAUGAGCAAUACCAAGAUGAUGAUGUUGAUGCAAAUAUGAUAAGGUGGUGUUAAAGUGAUGAUGGACCAUUUAAAAACUGAUGGAACAGUUGUACUAGUCUGAUUGUUGAACUUGUUAUGCUGAUAGAGUUAUCAUGAAUUGCAUAGCGUUGGAGUAUCCUGGUGAUCAACGUGGGAAGAUGAUCAUCCGCUAAAAAGUUAGGAUUUUAUUCAACUUAUUGCAUUGAUAUUGUCUUGAUUGUCUUGUUUUUUAAACUCCAUGAAAGUGUUUGGGAUAGUCUUUCUUUUUUCAUCUUGCUUUUUUUUUACUCUAAUUUAUUUAUGUUGUGAUAAUUAUGUUAUUGCUUAAGUGACAUUUAUUGUUAUCAUUAUCAUAUCAGUGUGUAUAGUAAGAUUUAUGUAUAGUUGCAUGUUAAAUAGUUUAUUAUCUAGCCAACAAUCAACAAUAAUAGUUAGUAUAAAAACUAAAUUACGUGAAAAAGUAUAUAAGAUAAUAUGGUGAUGGUGAAAAGUGUUUUCGAAAAAGUUGUAAUGAAAAGUGUUUUUGAAAAAUUUGUUGUGAAAAGUGUUUUAUAAUUGUGUGUGAUCAUUGAUCCAGUUGCUGGUCAGCGAGAAUCAUCAUGAACUAUUACAUGGACUUGGUGCAUCUUGAUGACCAGCGUGGGAAGAUGAACAUCCGCUAAAAAGUUGAUUAAUUAUUGUAAAGAUUGUUACCGUGGACUCGAAAAAUGUCGGUAACAAAUGUACAAUUGGUAAAAUGGUCAUUUCCAGCAUUUGCAAUACUUGUUGGAUUUUUUUGGUACAAACGUCGACGUGUAGACAGACUUGAUCCUGGUGGAAAUACAGAUUUAGAUGGAAAAAAUAAUAAAAAAGGUUUAAAUCUAUAUGAUUCUGGUAUUAAUAUUGAUGAAUCAUUUAAUGGUUCAAAUGGAUCACAUCGUACAUCUGAUGAAAUAAUAUGUACACCAAGAAAAGUUAGUGAAAAUUUGGAUAUACCAAAUAAAUCAAAUUCAUUAAAAAGUGGAAGAUUAUCAGGUGAUAAUAAACCUUGGUAUGAAGAUGAAGAUGAUGAUGAUGAUGAACUUUUAAAUGUUAAAACAAAUAUUGUAUUGGGUAGUAAUCCAAAAUCAUCAAAUUUUGAUAUGAUGGAAAAAUGUAAAUCAUUAUCAAUGGAAAAUAAAGAUAAAAUUAUUGAAGAAGAAGAAAAAGUUGUUAAUGAUGAAAAGAAAUCAUCAACAGUCAUUGAAAAUAGUGGUGCUAAAUUAAAUGAUGAAAAUAAAUCAACUGAAAGAGAUUCAGCUAAUCAUAGUCCAGUAUCUGGUGUAUUAGAUGGAAGUGUCAGUGAUGAAGUUAGAAGUGAAGGAAGCACUGACAGUGGAAAAGGUGGAAGUAUCAAUGGAAAAGGUUUAAAAUUAAAAAAUACAAUAACAUAUGAAUUUGAAUUAGCUAGUGAUUUAGUUGGUUCAUUGAUUGGUAAACGUGGUUCAAUUAUACAAAGUUUUAAUGAUAAAGCAAAUGUACGUAUAAGUAUUAAUCCACAUCCAACAGAUGAUGAUGAAAUAAAAUUAUGUAUAAUUAAAGGACAAAAAGAAAAUAUAAUGAUUGCAUUAGAUUUGAUAAGACAAAAAUUUCCAUUAAAAAAAUAUCCAGAUGUAACACUUGAAGAAACACAUUUAUCUAAAAAAUCACAAAAUUUAUCAUGGUUACCAGAAUUAACACAGCUUAAUUUAACGGAAAAUAUUAAUAAUGAUGUUAUGAUAUGUAAUAUUAUUGAACCAAAUCAUUUUUUCAUACAAUUACCAACACAUCCAACUUAUCCAACACUUAGAAUAUUAGAUUUUAAUAUGACACAACUUUAUAAUACAGUUGAAUCACCUCCAGUACCAGAUAAACUUACAAAGGGAAUGCUUGUUGUUGCCAAAUAUUAUGAUAGAUGGGUACGAGCAUUAAUUGAAGAACCAGAUGAAAAUGGUGAAAAUAAUUUAGUUCGUUUAGUUGAUCAUGGCGGUUUUUGGACAUUUAGUAAUGCUGAAAUGAGAAAAAUAAGAGCAGAUUAUAUACCAUUGCCAUUACAAGCAAUUGAAGUUGUUUUAGCAAAUGUCAAACCAAUUAAUGAUGUAUGGCCACAAGAAGCCUAUGAUGUUGUAUCACAAUUAACUACUGGAAUUGUAGGACAAGCACAAAUUGAAGCAUACUCUGAUUCAACUGUUUACAUCAGUUUAUAUAUCAAUAUACCUAAACAUGGAGUAAUAUCAGUUGCACAUGAAUUAGUUGCUCGUGGUCUUGCAGAACCAACAACAUUUGAAGAAUUGGCACCUGAAGAAAAUAUUGUGCCAACACUUUAAACUGUCAAAAUUUGUGUGAUUUUAUAUAAGCUUCGAGCGUGUAUUCAUGUAAGUCAAGAGAAAAAAAAAAAAAAAUUUAAUAAGUAAUAAUAAUAAUAUCUAGAUUUAAUAAUAA